CGAGGGCCUCCGUCGUGACGACAGAUGCUGAAGGUAUCGUGCGUGUACUGUUCUCCCAAUUGGUAAAUCCCGCGGACGUUUCUUCAUCUUCGAAGCACCCAAAGAGCAUGUUAAGCCAGCGUCAGGAUGCUGCUGGGCCCUACCACUUCCGAAAGAAGCGACAUCACGUCACGACUCCUGCGCAGCUCACAGCAACCAGAGUCGUUCGUGACAUACUUCCAGCACUAUGAGUACGCCAUCUGUGGCCCCCUCGGUCAGGGGAGGGCCUUCCGCAGCCACGAGGAGAUCAUCCAGGCAGCCGCGUCCCUAUGCAACAAUCCCGUCAUGUCGAGGGCCGACUUUGAAGCACUCACGUUCGCUGGCAGAGUUGUCAGCCCUCAGGACAGGGAGCGGGCAACAGGCGGCCUUACUGCUGUCGCCCUUAUGGUGGUCUCCGACUCCAAAGACUACUACUCGACGAUAUUCCGUGGUACGGUAAAGUGGGAGCCCCAAGAACCCUUCCUCACUUUCCUGCAGAAUUUAUUCAGCACCGGUCCAUCAACAACGGCGGGUCAACCUGGUGGGAUUCACACUAUCUAUGACCAGAAGAAACUCAAGUUGUGGAAAUUACAUUCCAGAUUUGACCUAGAGAUAGUCGGCACGAACGACAUCUUUGAGCAUCUGAAGCUGGACCCGAUGGCCAGAACUCUCAAGAUCUUCCACCAGGUGGCUUUCCUGAGAGCGCAGCUGCGACUGGCUGACGGACUCCCAUUGGAGAUGAAUUUCGAAGAGUCUCUGAAACGCGGGUGCCUUCCGCCACAGCUCGUGUUCGAAACUCUCGUGUUGAACCAGCUGAUACUGCUGCCAGUCUUGACUGAUCGAAGGUCCAAUAACCUCCUCGAAAAGCUCAUCAGAAGAAAUGGUUUCGACCCAACCAUGCGCGAUUAUGACAUCGUGCGCCAGAUCCCCCCAGACUUCGUUUUCAGCGUCUGGGCAGCUCGCCUGGACGAGUUGCAUGAUUUUAUAAAGCGGCCACCGCCAGGAAACUCGAUUGUUGCUUGGUUUGAGCGACAUACAUCGGAAAGAAACGCACUCACGGUGGCUAUUCUGGGUCUGUUCCUCACAGUUGUCAUCGGAAUCUUUGGCCUGGUGGUUGCUGUACUACAGCUAGUGCUUGCGUGGUAUGCCUACAAAUAUCCCAUAGCUGACUCAUAAAUCGCGAAGGUCUUGGAUGUUGCCAGUCCUGUUUGUGCAGAGGGGAACGUUUCAUAGCAUAUUGCGGGACGCUGGAAACUGUACAUGAAUUUGUGGAUUUUGGAAUGGGCGAAGUCUUCAACUAGGACAGAUUCCUUGGGCAGCGCAAGGUCAACAGUGUAGCGACAUAAAUAGCAGAGCAAGUGUGCAUCCUGAAAAUAUGUGAUAGAACAUCCGCUACUGCCAAAUACAACUCUC